GAGGGGGAAAAAAAAACCUAACUCUCUUCAUUCUCCAAGACGAGGACCGAAUUUCCUUCUCUCCCGGCAUUUUCCCGAGAAAAUCAGGAGCAGCAGCAGAAGAAGAAGAGGGGUCGAUGAUGAAUUCGAUCCCUCAUGGAACCACACCAACCUCAAUUUCAGAUUCUCUCAUUGGAGACGACCUUAACUGAUCCCGAACAUGUGAAGCUUAUUCAGUGGGAGGACUUCCAGCACGAUCUCGCUAGGUUGACCAGUCUCUCUUCCGCACUCCACCACGCCAACCACAAGAAGCGAAACCUUCACCACAAGCUCCAGUCUCUCAUCCAGGUCAAUGCUGAAUCAUUGGGUCGGUUAAAUGAACUUGAGGAGAUGCGUCAAAAAUUGGAAUCAAAGAAAAUGAUGAUGGAGAAUAUGUCUAUUCGUUCUAGACUGGCAAAGGAGGAUGCUAGUAAGCAGGAGGAGCAGCUUAGUGUUGCUGUGCAAUCACUCUUGGUGGCAGGGGGUGCUCUUUCUGUAACCAGCAGAAAUCUCCAGGAUUCAAGUAGAUUACUGUCAGAAGAAAAUGGUUAUGUUCGUCUUAGAAAAUUGCAAAAGAUGCUGAGGAAGAGGCAACAAUAUAUGACAUCUCAAAUUUCAAUGCUCCAUCCUGUAAAGAUCUUGGUUGGACCAGCACAAGAACAAGAGCUUGAAGCAUAUCCUUUAGGUUGCCUGGCAGGGACUUCUGCUGAUCUUAAACCAGUUAAUCAAGGAUCCUUAACAAUUCAUGGUCUGCACUUGAAUGUGCUAUCUUUCAGGAAGAUGAGCUUUUUCACUGAUAAAAAGGAAAUUCAGAGGUCUGCUACAGCUCUGGGGUAUGUUGCACAUGCUGUUUCACUUAUAGCGUCAUACUUGCAAGUUCCUUUGCGAUAUCCUUUACGGUUGGGUGCCUCUCAUUCAUAUAUUAUUGACAAUGCACCUUCAACAGAACUAACAUCUUCCGAAGCUUCAUCAAAUGCAAACACAAAUAAUGUCAAGCACGUGGAAUUCCCUCUUUAUUUAGAAGGUCAAGACACAACAAGAGCAGCUUAUGCUGUAUUCUUGCUGAAUAAGGAUUUAGAACAGCUUUUGAAUUUCAUUGAUGCCAAGAGUUUGGGACCACGCCAUGUAUUGGCUAAUUUGAGGGAGCUUUCAAGGACUAUCCAGUCUCCAGCUUUUACAGACAACUUUUGAUCUAUUAUUUUUGUCUCUACUGUAACUUACUUGUAAAUUGAUUUUAUUUUUUUUUUAAUUCUUGCCAUGGUGCAAAUUUUUUGGUGCACCUUCCGAUAUAGAGUUGUAGCAUUGUUAUCAAAAAGGAUUCAAACUUCGAUAAUGGAUUUGGUAUUCUUUAAAAAAAAAAGUAAAAAAUAUACACUGCUGUCGAAAUUAUUGUUCUUUCACUUCUUUUGGAAGAACAUAAAUAUCAGAUACAUUCCUGAAGGGAUAUCAUGUAUAAGACAAACUUUGGAGAAAUGCAUACUUUUUGCGAGAUUUCUUUUUUAA